CUCCGUCGCAGGUAACGGCCGCUGCUUUCCGUCGUCAAUUAGCACGGAUUGCUUCUGGUCUGCGGUACAGAGGUUGCGGCACCGUCAUCUCCGGCUCGAUAGAGCGAGCUCCGACCACCACCGCCGUCCACAGGGGGAUAUCAAAUGGAAUUUUGCCCGACUUGUGGAAACUUGUUGCAGUACGAGUUGCCCCAUAGGGACCGGCCAUCCAGAUUUUUCUGCCCAACUUGUCCCUAUGUCUGUAAUAUCGAGAGCAAGGUUAAGAUAAAGAGGAAGCAACAUCUGGUUAGGAAAAAGAUGGAACCUGUCUUCUCCGAAGAAGAUCGGAGAAAUGGACCCCAAACGGACGGCGUGACAUGCCCACACUGUGGCUAUGGAAAGGCAAUCUACCAUCAAGCUCAGAUACGGUCUGCUGAUGAGCCGAUGACAACAUUCUAUUGGUGCCUGAACGAGAAAUGUCAGAAAAACUGGCGGGAAGAUUGAGCGCUCGGCGCCACAGUCGCAAGCCAAUUCAGUACCCCAUGGCCUAAAAGGCAGGACCGGAAAUCAUGUUCAACUGGUACUCGGGCCUGGUGGGAACCAUGAUUUCGACGUUUUAUCCUAUUCAGGAUGUUGCACUCGAACAUAAUUUGUUUCCUUCGGCUACUCUCUUCACUUGAAAGAAACUGAGGACGAAUUAGAAGGCGGGAAAAAAAGGUUUUCUUUCCCCAUGAGACAGGGAUAGUGGCUUGUGGUUGUUAAAUGCACUUGUGAGGAUGAUGUUACUAAGUAGGAGUUCCACGUUGAAUUACUUGAUGUUGGCGAGGGAUGUUAACAUUUAUCUGAUUAUCUCAUGACCCAACAUUUAAAGAUA